GACCCCGGCCGUGGGUCCCGCGGCUCCAUCCCUCUCUGCCCCCAUAGAGGUGCUGAGCGACGAGGACAAGCUCAAGAUGAGCAAGAUCAAGAAGAAGAUGAGGAGGAAGGCGAAGAACAAGCAGAAGCAAGAAGCCAAAGCCCCCAGGGCGAAGGAGGCCAAGAAGAAGAGCAAGGCCAAGGAGAAGAAGGGCAAAGCGGAGAAGGGCAAAGACAAAGCCCGAGCCAAGGAGAGGAAGGGCAAAGGCGCUCGCAGGGCGGACAAGGGGCUGGCGGCGCAGCGGCGCCUGGAGCAGCGGCGGCGGCAGCAGCAGCUCCUGGAGGAGAUGAAGAAGCCGACGGAGGACAUGUGCCUGGGGGACCACCAGCCGCUGCCGGCGCUGUCGCGCAUCCCGGGGCUGGUGCUGCCGGGCGCUGCCUUCUCGCGGUGCCUGGCGGUGGUGGAGUUCCUGCAGAGCUACGGGCGCGUGCUGGGGCUGGAGCCCGGCCGGGACGUGCCGAGCCUGAGCGCGCUGCAGGAGGGGCUGCUGGGGCUGGGCGACAGCGCGGGCCGGCUGCAGGACCUGCUCGUGAGGCUGCUGCGCGCCGCGCUCGGCGACCCCGGCCUGCCCCACUACUGCCAGUCCCUGAAGAUCCUGGGGGAGAAGGUGGCCGAGAUCAGCCUGAGCCGCGAGACCGUGUCUGAGGUCCUGCGCUGCUUCCUGACGGCGCGCGGGGCGGGCGAGGAGCUCUGCGGGGGGCUCAGGACCAAACCCUUCCAGGCGCUGCCCCCGGCCACCCAAGCCUCCAUCCUGGCCUUCCUGGUGGACGAGCUCAACGGCAGCGCCCUCAUCAUCAGUGAGAUCGACAAGAGCCUGGAGAGCAUGGCCGGCUACAGGAAGAACAAGUGGAUCAUCGAGGGGCGGCUGCGCAGGCUCAAGGUGGCCCUGGCCAAGAGGACCGGGCGGCCCGAGUCGGAGCUCCCGGGGCUGGAGACCGGGCGGCGGCGGCGGAGCUCCCGCCUCAGCGAGGACCCGGCCCUGGACCUGGACGAGGAGGAGGAGGAGGAGAAGCGGGGCCGCCGCUCCCGCAGGGAGGACGAGCUCGACACGUCCGGGUCCAGCAUCCCCGAGCUCGAGCGGCAGAUCGAGAAGCUGGCCAAGAGGCAAAUGUUCUUCCGCAAGAAGCUGCUCCAUUCCUCGCAGACGCUGCGAGCGGCAUCGCUGGGGCAGGACCGGUACCGGCGGCGCUACUGGGUCCUGCCCCACUUGGGCGGCAUCUUCGUGGAGGGCGCGGAGGCGGCAGAGCCGGAGCCCCCGGAGGACGAGGAGGAGAAGAUGCCCCCGGUGAAGCCGGAGCCGGUACCGGUGCCCGUAGCCACCCGGGUUCCCCCCCCGGCAUCGCGGUCCCGGGGCCGGCCCCGCAAGAGCAAGGAGGAGCUGCCCCAGCACUGCGGGCCCCGGCCCCCGCCGCCCCUGCUCAAUGGGGCGCUGGAGGAGCCGCUGGCCGUGGGGCAGAGCCAGCACGACCUCAGUCAAUCCGCGUUCCUGUCCUGGCUCAGCCAGACCCAGGCCUCCCUGCUCAAGGGCUCCGUGCUCACCCCCGACAGCAGCCCCGGGAAGGGGGACCCGGGGCUCCCGGUGCCCGAGGCCCCAUCGGACCCCACCGAGGAGGAGGAGGAGGAGGAGGAGGAGGAGGAGGACAAGCGGGGGCCCUGGUUCCCUGCCCGGACCCGCACCCCCGGUGAAGACCGAGCCCCCCUCGCUGCCUCCUCCAGGGCUCAGCCCAAGGGCUCGGCCCGGCAGCUCAACGGCCUCCCCACCGACGACCCCACGGCUCCUUUGCUCGCUUCCACUCCGGUCCCCGCCGGCACCCGGACCCACGGCGCCUGCCCCAGGAGCCGGGGCAGCCUGGACCCCCCGGGGGGGCAGCCCAAGCGCCGGGGGCGGCCCCCGACCAAGUUCUUCAAGCAGAUGGAGCAGAAGUUGCUGUCGCAGCAGACGGAGCAGCCGGUGCCCCCCGAGAUGCAGAGCGGGUGGUGGUGGCUGCAGCACCCCGAGGAGCUGGAGGCCGUGGCGCGGGCGCUGCACCCGAGGGGCAUCCGGGAGAAGGCGCUGCACAAGCACCUCACCAAGCACAAGGAGUUCCUGCGGGAGGUCUGCCUGCGCGCCAGCACCGACCCCAUCUUCCACCCGCGCCCCGAGGCGGCCGGAGCCGCCGUGUCUCAGGAAGCCCUGGCCCGGUGGUCGGUGAUGGACCGAGCCUACGAGACCGACCUGGCUGUGCUGCAGUGGGUGGAGGAGCUGGAGCAGCGCGUGCUGAUGGCCGACCUGCAGAUCCGGGGCUGGACGUGCCCCAGCCCGGACUCCACGCGCGAGGACCUGCGGUACUGCGAGCACAAGGUGGAGCCCUUGGAGGACAUCACGGUGCGGAGCCGGCGGGACGGGCUGCCGCUGCGCCGGGAGCGCACCAACCCGCUGGACCUGGCCGUGCUGCGCCUGGCGGCGCUGGAGCAGAACGUGGAGCGGCGCUACCUCAAGGAGCCCCUGUGGCCCCUGCACGAGGUCGUGGUGGAGAAAGCGGUGCUGAGCGGCGCCGAGGAGCUGAGCCUGGGCCCCACCGAGAUAGCCUACGAGAUCACGCCGCGCGUGCGGACGUGGCGGCAGACGCUGGAGCGGUGCCGCAGCGCGGCCCAGGUCUCCCUCUGCAUCCACCAGCUCGAGAAGUCCAUUGCCUGGGAGAAGUCGGUCAACAGAGUGACCUGCCUCGUGUGCCGGCGCGGCGACGACGACGAGCACUUGCUGCUGUGCGACGGCUGCGACCGCGGCUGCCACCUCUACUGCCACCGGCCCAAGAUGAGCGAGGUGCCCGAGGGAGACUGGUUCUGCUCCGUCUGCGUCGCGCGGGCAGGGCAGUUCCAGGACCCCAUCUCCCCUCGGCGAGGCAAGAAGCGGAAACGGGGCCGCGUCCUCGGGGGGAUCCUGGCCGAGGAGGACGAGGAGGGGAGCCCCCGGCGCCGGCGCCGCCGCGAGGGGCUGCCCGCGCCCCGAUGCCCCGGUGAGGGGCUGUCCCCUGCCAAGCGCAGGGGGGUGACGCUGCGGAGCCAACCCAGCGACCUGACCUGCUGCGAGAUCAUCCUGAUGGAGAUGGAGGCGCACGAGGACGCUUGGCCCUUCCUGGAGCCCGUCAACCCCCGCCUGGUCCCCGGCUACCGCAGGAUCAUCAAGAACCCCAUGGACUUGGGCACCAUGCGCACGCGGCUGCUGCGGGGAGGCUACUCCAGCUCUGCUCAGUUCGCCGCCGAUGCUCUGCUCGUCUUCGACAACUGCCGGACCUUCAACGAGGACGAGUCCGCGGUGGGGCGGGCGGGGCGGAGCCUGCGCCGCUUCUUCGAGACCCGGUGGGCGGAGCUUUAUCAGGGAAAACACGUGACUCACCCGUGACGUGCACGGGGGGGGGACCCCCCCAUCCCACCCCACAUCCCCCCCCCCAUAAGAACUGACUCCUCUGGAGCUGAUCU